AUGGAUACAUCCAGCGUCACGAAUGAAGUUUCCAACGCGGCCAACAGUGAGACGAAAAUUACCGCGAGUGACAUAGCGCAAGCCUCUACCGCGGCACAGACUACAGCCGGUCAGGUUGGCGACCAUCUCCAAACUCUAUCCGAAGAUCUUAAAUUACAUCUUCCCGCAUAUUAUGCCGUUGGCCUCUGGGGCUACUGCGAGGGAGAUAACAGCACGGGGGCUUUUUCAAACUGUUCCCAGCCAAGUACUUCGUUUUCGUUUGACCUGUUGGGGCUCUUCGGAUCAGCGUCCGAGCAAAUCAAUAAAAUUCUACCAAAAGACGAUAACAAAGUCCUUGCCGGCUACCACGACCUUUCACGCUGGACAAUCUCAGCCUACAUCUUAGGGUUGACUUUUACUGUAGCUGCGAUUAUUAUCCAAGUUAUCUUGAUAAUGUUUUCCAAAGGGAAAAUAUUGCUCGUCGCUUCUUCUUUCUUAGCAUCGCUUUUUAUCACUGGUGCAACCAUUGGUGUGACGGUGAUAUAUGGCUUAAUAACUGGUAGUAUUCAAAGCGUCUUGCAGCCAUUGGGUGCCCAUGCUAAUCUAGGGGCUCAAACAUUCACCGCAGCGUGGCUCGCUGUCGUAUUUUCUAUUUCUGCCCUACUCGUAUGGCUGGUUGAAAUGUGCUGCUGCUGA